CCCUGCGUGGGAGGUACCCGCAUAGUGCCGACCGAAUAAACAAUAAACACUGUGAUAUGACCGCUAUGUGAACUGUGACGAUUAGUGCCCAAAAUGUGGAAGUUUGUACUCUUUUCGUGUAUAGUGCUGUGUGCUGCGGAAUUCCAGGAAAGAGGAGUGAACGAGCCGUGCAGCCUCGACGGGGAGGCGGGCGGGCGCUGCGGCCCCGGCCUCACCUGCAUACAGGGCACCGAUGGAACUAUCUGCAGGAAAAUAUGCAUCGGAACGAACGGGCGCAUGUCGGUGCCGUCGAACCGGGACAUCCACUACCGGAACCUGCGGAACCGCUUCACGAACUGCACCUACGUGGACGGGAACCUGGAGCUGACGUGGCUCCAGAACGACACCAUGGACCUGUCCUUCCUCAAGUACAUCCGCGAGGUCACCGGCUACGUGUUGAUCUCCCACGUGAAGGUGCGCCGCAUCAUCCUGCCGCAGCUGCAGAUCAUCCGCGGCCGGACCCUCUUCAAGCUCAACGUGAGGGAAGAGGAGUUCGCGCUAAUGGUCACCAUGAGCUCGGCGUUCACAUUAGAGCUGCCGGCUCUGCGUGACGUGCUGCGCGGCAGCGUCGGCAUGUACAACAACUACAACCUCUGCCACGUCAAGACCAUCAACUGGGACGAGAUCAUCACGGGGAUCAAUGCCACCUAUGUGUAUGUGUAUAACUACACGGUGCCCGAGCGGGAGUGCCCGCGCUGUCACGCCAGCUGCGAGGCCGGCUGCUGGGGUGAGGGCCCGGACAACUGCCAGAAGUUCUCGAAGACAAACUGCAGCCCGCAGUGCGCGCAGGGCCGCUGCUUCGGGCCCAACCCGCGCGACUGCUGCAACACGUUCUGCGCCGGCGGCUGCACCGGCCCGCUGCCCAGCCAGUGCCUCGCCUGCCGGAACUUCUUCGACGAGGGCACCUGCUCGCAAGAGUGCCCUCCGAUGCAAAUAUACAACCCCACCACAUAUUCGUGGGAGCCGAACCCCAACGGCAAAUACGCGUAUGGUGCCACGUGUGUGAGGAACUGCCCAGAACAUUUAUUGAAAGACAACGGUGCGUGUGUCCGUAGUUGCCCGCCGAACAAGACGGCAGUGAACGGUGAAUGUAUUCCGUGUAAUGUGACGUGUCCGAAGACUUGUCGGGCGGAGAAGCCGAUCCAUGCGGGGAACAUCGACAGUUUCAAAGACUGCACGAUCAUCGACGGCUCGGUGGAGAUCCUGGAGAUGACGCUGACGGGCUUCCAGCAAGUGAACAGCGACUACUCGUUCGGGGAGCGCUACCCCAAGAUGGACCCGGAGAAGCUGGAGGUGUUCAGCACGGUCCGCGAGGUGACCGGCUACCUCAACGUGCAGGCGCACCACCCCAACUUCACCAGCCUCUCCUACUUCCGCAACCUCGAGGUCAUCGGCGGCCGGCAAGUGGCCGAGAACCUCUUCGCUUCCCUCUACAUCGUCAAGACGUCGCUCAAAUCCCUCGGCUUGAAGUCUCUGAAGCGCGUCAACUCGGGAGCUAUCGCCAUCAUGGAGAACAAGAAUCUGUGCUUCGCCGACAAGAUAGCUUGGGGAAAACUGGUCAAGUCAAAGGACCACAAGCAAGUCAUACAGAAGAACGGGGACCCAAGGGCUUGUGAAAAAGCGAAUUUGGUGUGUGACGCUGAAUGUUCGGGCGACGGCUGCUGGGGCCCCGGCCCCGACCAGUGCCUCUCUUGCCAGAACUACAAGUUUGGAGAAACUUGCAUACAGAACUGCAGCGUACAUCCUGGACUGUACAAGUCGGGGUCUAGUUCGUGCAAGCAAUGCGACGUGGAGUGCGUGGGCGGCUGCUCGGGCCCGGGCCCGGCCAACUGCACGGCGUGCCGGCACGUGCGCGACGGGCCCUACUGCGUGGCGCAGUGCCCCAUGGCGCGCUACAACGCGGCCGACGGCACCUGCCUGCCCUGCCACCGCAACUGUGAACACGGCUGCACCGGCCCCGAGAACACCGUCGGACCCGGCGCCUGCAACUCAUGCAGCAAAGCCAUUAUAAGCGUGGAAGCGCAAAUUGAAGUCUGCCUCGAAGAAGAUGAGCCUUGCCCCGAUGGGUAUUACAAUGAAUGGGUCGGGAAUGUCAAGCCUUUAGAGGGCAAAGUGAAGGUUGUCUGCAGAAAGUGCCAUCCGCUGUGCAAGAAGUGCACAGGGUUUGGUAUCCAUCAGCAGGUGUGCCAAGUGUGCAACGGGUUCAAGCGAAGUGACCAGUGUGAGGACGAGUGCCCGGCGGAUCACUUCACGGAUGACGUCACGCGGACGUGCACGCCGUGCCACCACGAGUGCCGCGGCUGCACCGGACCCACUUCCACUGACUGCAUCAAGUGCCACAACCUCAAGAUAUUCAUCAACGAGUCCAACAACAUUGACAACAAGCCCGUGUUCAACUGCACCGACGCCUGUCCCGACCACAUGCCCCACAAGAUAUACUUCGAUGAGAUGCUUCAAAAUGUGAUCGAGGAGCCGUACUGCUCUGAGGCUCCCAGCGCCAUCUCGAGACCGGCGGCCGCGAGGACGUCAACAGUACUGGUUCUAGUGCUUGUGUUCGCUUUCCUACUGCUGAUUAUCUUGGCGAUAAUCGGCUACACGUGCAGGCAGAAGGCGAAGGCUAAGAAAGACGCAGUGAAAAUGACGAUGGUGCUGACCGGGUGUGAGGAUAACGAGCCACUGAGACCGACGAAUGUCAAGCCAAACCUCGCAAAACUCCGCAUUGUGAAGGAAGCCGAGCUCCGCCGAGGCGGCAUGCUCGGGUUCGGAGCAUUCGGCAAGGUAUACAAGGGCGUCUGGGUGCCAGAAGGAGAGAACGUCAAGAUCCCUGUCGCUAUCAAAGUGCUGAAAGAGGGAACUGGCGCCAACUCCAGCAAAGAGUUCAUGGAAGAGCGAUACAUUAUUAGCAAGGAGUUUCUCGAAGAAGCGUAUAUCAUGGCGAGUGUGGAACAUCCGAAUCUGCUGCAGUUGCUGGCUGUUUGCAUGACGAGCCAGAUGAUGUUGAUCACUCAGCUGAUGCCGUUGGGUUGCUUGUUGGACUACGUGAGGACGCACCGAGAGAAGAUAGGCUCAAAGGCAUUCUUGAACUGGUGCACGCAGAUAGCGCGAGGCAUGUCCUAUCUCGAAGAGAAACGAUUAGUCCACCGAGACUUGGCCGCGCGAAACGUGCUAGUGCAAACGCCAAACUGCGUAAAGAUUACCGACUUCGGGUUAGCGAAGCUUCUAGAUAUAAACGAAGACGAGUACAAAGCUGCUGGAGGCAAGAUGCCGAUCAAGUGGCUGGCGCUAGAGUGCAUCCAGCACAGGAUAUUCACGCACAAGAGUGACGUGUGGGCUUUCGGCGUGACGAUAUGGGAGAUAUUGAGUUACGGGGCGCGUCCGUACGAGAAUAUAUCGGCUCGGAACGUUCCGGAGUUGAUCGAGAAUGGGUUGAAGUUGUCUCAGCCGGCUAUUUGUACGCUGGACAUCUACUGCAUCAUGGUGUCGUGUUGGAUGCUGGACGCGGACAGUCGGCCGACGUUCAAGCAGCUAGCGGACACGUUUGCGGAAAUGGCGCGAGACCCCGGCAGAUACCUGGUCAUACCCGGAGACAAGUUCAUGAGGCUGCCGUCUUACUCCACACAGGUAAAUGACGAGAAAGAGAUCCUCCGGAACCUGCAGUCUGCGAUGGAGGGCCCCGAGCCGCUCGUGGAAGCGGACGAGUACCUGCAACCGAAGUUCAAGCCGGGAGCGGGGACAUUGACCUCCAACUCCGCUGUGAGCGGCGUCGACACCCAGACCAGCUCACUCAAGCCCUCCACAUCCACGUCCUGGGCCAACCACCCCGGCCCCGACUGCGCCACCGACGGCUCCCGGCCAGAGACCUGGGACCACGAGCUGCUCAAGUACAACCAGCACCCUGACGACCGCCAUUACUACAACAACAACGUCUGCGCGUCAGACAGCUCCGGCUCCCGCUUCGGAGACUCCAAAACGGAAACUUUCGAGUCCAAGAACAAGGAAGCGCAAGUUGGCAACCUCAAGCUGAACCUACCGCUCGAUGAGGACGACUAUCUGAUGCCGUCGCCGCAGCAGAACCAGAACGCGUCCACGUAUAUGGACCUCAUUGGGGAGAACGGCGAGGGGUCCGAUGCGAAAGACUUACGGUUCAGCGGGUUCGUUGGUAUCGGUUCUAAGCGGUGCGUGGACAACCCCGAGUAUCUGAUGUCUGAGGAGAGCGUGCCUACGCAGACGGUGGGCAUUCCGGUGGAGUGUGCUAGUGAGGCGAGUGAGGCGAGCGAGGGGGCGGGCGCGGGCGCGGGGGCGGAAGCGGGGGCGCCGCCCUACCAGCCGCAGCGGUCGCUGGAGGAGGAGUCCAUGUCCGACCACGAGUACUACAACGAUCUGCAGAGGGAACUACAGCCGCUGCGGAGAAACGAGACCACUGUGUGAGCGAGACAGUGGCGUGUGAGCGAGACCGCGACAGGUGACAAGACUGAUCUCCCGACGACUACAGUGCGACGCACCCCCGUGCCAUGCCGACGAUGGCUAGUGUUAGUUGUUGACAAAUCUUUUAACUAUUUUAUGUUAGUUAUAUAAAAAGAAACUGUUAAUUUUUUUUCUACUUAAAUCUUUUGUAAAUGAAGUGUUAUGAAACGAUUUUUUGUAAAAAGUACGGAUUUUAUGCCUUAUCGAGUGCGUUUAGAGGCACCUAACAAAUUAUAAUUUAUUAAUUUACACGUAAGAAUGGCUAUGUACGUUCACGAAAUGACGUAGGUUAAGUAGUGUGUAGGAAAAUUUUAUUUUUAUUUUAAAACUGUGAUAAUUAGUUUAAUUUUAAAUACUGUAUGGACCAGUGAAAUGAUUUACAUUUGGGUUAAAUUUUAACACUGUUCCUUUGUGAGCAUUUAGUUGCGGCGAUAGGUAUUUUAAAAUGUCUUAUUUUACUCUGCGGCCUUUGCUGCUGAUACCUAAAUAUUUUCUAAUUUAAAUACGCAGGAAUGGCGCACAAAUAUGAUUUUGUUCUUUCCAUUUUUACCUACAUUUUAUAAAUGUGUUUUACAAAAUAGGGAACUACUUACAUCUAUUGUUUAUGUAUAUUUUAUUGAUUAGUAUCUUGCCAUUCCACUUUGGACCAAGCCAAUAUAAUAGUUAGAUUUUAUCACUUGCCGAAAUCCUUUACGAUAUUCCAUUGUAUAUCUUUCUGCACUGUUCAUUUUACGCAAGUAUAGUUAUAUAUUACUAUGUUAUUUAUUACUAUUUUAUGUUAUUUUAGGAGUAACACUUUUAUGUAUAGCGUCAGUGGCAAAACUUAAAAGACAUUAAGUAUAAGAUAUAUAAAGAGUUAACAAAUUACACGUCGUAAGCACAAAUUCGCUCAAAAUAUCCCCAAUUACAAUUCAAAUAUUUAUACUACUUACAUUGUUUAAGGUGUAUAAGCCAAACCCUCAUUUGCCAUGUAAACUGUAAAUAGAUAUAUAUGCUUUUAUUGUACAUAGAUAUUUUAUAUAGUAAAUAUACAUACUUACUGUACAUAUAACAGAGUUAUGGCCGUGUUUAACAAUAAUUAUUAUUAUAAUUUUAUGGCAGUUGGAACUUUAAAACAGCAGCUUAAAAUCGAGGCUUUAUUUGUAUAGAAUCGUGAAUCAGGAAAUCUGCCUUAAAAUUAUUAAGAACACUACCCAUUGCUUGCGGUUGACAUUACAAAAACUUUGAAUAACAAUGUAUGUAUUAAAAUAAGCAUUUUUGUUGUUAACAAUAGUUUUAUAGCAGAAUACUUAGUAAUCACUGCUGCAGCUCUAAAUAUGAUGAUUGUGCCAUUUCAUAAAAUCGAAGUACUUUGUAACUUACAAAGUAGAUUAAGGACCUGUUUCACACUGUCUGGAUAAUGGCUACCUGUGAGAUAAAACAGUUUUAGACAGUGACAACAUCUUUUAUCGCACAGGUAGACAUUAUCCAGACUUUGUGAAACAGGCCCUAAAUGUGAUAGUGUGUAUACUUGCAGUUUUAGCUUACUUUUUUUACUACUUACAUUUACAUUUUAUGAUUUCUAAAGUUAAUGAUUUCCUAUAGACUAUCUCUGUUAAAACCUUCCCCUGCAAUGCAAGUAUAUGCAUAAUCAUAUGUACAUUUCAACAGGGUGCUCGGAAAGUUAAGUUAGUAAAUAAUAUUUGCUUGGUAUAGAAAAAUCUAUAGGCACUUAAAGUUUUGCAGCACCCUGCUCAAUAUUUAUUAAGAAAUAACGUUUCAGUUUGUUACUCUAAUCAAAGAUAGUAGAUAGGUAGUCCCGAUCCAAACAAAUUAAUUUAAAUAUGUAUUUUGCAAGGUUACAUUUAAAAACUUCGUUAUUUUACUAAGCUUACUUUUUGUUGCCAUUCUUCAAGUAAAGGGACUGGUUUUUAUGAGUGACAAACUGAAACGAUUUUAUUUCAGAUGAGCUAUAUAAUAAUAUGUUUAAAUAAGAAGUGUAUGUAGUGUUAUACGGCUUAUUGUUUAUAUUGUGUAGAUACAGUCGACGGCUGCGGUUUUAUGUACUUGUACCUUGAUAAAUCGAAUAAAAUUAAAAAAAUA